AAUAAAAGUCUCUCUCAUUUCGAGCACUAACGAGGAAGCAGCAGUGUCGAAAACCCACUCAAAGUGAUCUUCAUCCUCCUUCUCAUUCUUAUAGCAAUCAAGUAUCAAUCUGGUCAAGCUUGGACAAUUUUCAUUAUUUGAAUCGGUAGUUUGCAGCCCCGGUUUUCUAUUUGAUAUAGUGAAAGGGUUGAACUCGCUUUUUCUUGCUACCAGGUUACAGGGUUUUACCCUGAUGUGGCGUAGAGGCAGAGAAGGUUUCGGCCGUCUUCGACGGUUCUCAACAGCGGUGCGACGGCGCUCAGAAGACGAAGGUGACUGGCUCUAUGCCUCAGAGUGGUGGGGUUCUAGCAAUGACGACGGAAAAACCAUUCUGCGAUCAACUUCUGCUAAGGGAAAUGGCGUCGUUUCAGUCGUCGCACAUCCCUCCUCCCGACCCAAUAAAAUGCAUUGGUCAAAAAUGGAAAGAUGGUUGCAGCAGAGGUGUGAGGAGGUGCAUCCUGGAUAUGGCAAUGAAGGGAAUCUGAGGGUGCUUGGAUAUCAAUGGCGGGUGCUGCGUUUCAAUGAUGUUACUCGCCAGAGCACGGCAAAAGUAAUGCUAACUUACCGCGAAAACAAGCCGGAACUUGUCUAUCUUAUGCAACAACCACAUUGCUUGGCUGUUCCAUACGUGAAGAGUAUGGUUUCUGCUGGGUUGAGUGCUUUAUCCUCAUGUAAUUUUGAUAUUACUAACACAUUACAGGGAAAGAAAAAUAUGCACAUUUUAUGCAUUGGUCAAGGUGGGGGAAGCUUACCAUUGUUUUUGGCAAGUAAAAUCCAAGGUGCUAUUGUCCAUGUAGUUGAAAUUGAUCCACUUGUUAUCUCGGCGUCGAUACGUGCUAUGGGGUUCCCAGCUUUUUCACUCAUGACACAAUCAGGUCACCGGUCUUUUGCAAAACCCGAUAUCAUUAAUGAAGUUAUGUGGAAAGGCAUCCAUGAGAGGAUUUGCCUUCAUGAAACAGAUGCUGAGGAAUUUAUUACUAAUAAUACCAAUCUAUAUGAUAUGAUCUUUGUUGAUGCUUAUGAUGGUGAUGAUGUCUUUCCCCACAAGUUAUGGGACCCAGAUUCGCCUUUCCUAAAAUCUCUUAAAACUCGCCUUCAUCCCAACCAUGGUACUGCUGUGGUGAACCUGCAUUCUGACGUUGAUGUACGGAACCAUGAUGGAUCAACUCCAUCUGAGUUUGAGCAAGUUUUACCAAUGGGAAAGUAUGUGUCUCAGGUGUGCAGAGCAUACAAGGACGUGCUUUUAGGAACUGGAAGCUCUGGAGAGAAAAGAGGUUCUGGCAUUGCUUUUACUGUUGCAGUUCCUUGGACCUGUAAUACGUCCCUAGUUGCUUGUAGAGGUUUUGGUAGAGAUAAUCAAUAUAUUAACCGGGACUUGGUUCUAAACACUCUCAUAUCCAAAUCCCUUGAACUGGAACAUGUUAUGGACUUGCCAUUCUCAUGUUUGGAAUACAUAAAAGAAGGUCUUAUUCUUGUUGACUAGUUUGUUGACCAGAAUAUCUAUGUAAUAUGUUUUUUCUUGAGACAUAGUACUAAAUUGUGGCAAAAAAAUACUUAUACAGCUCUUGAGAUGCCAUUGUUUUUAUAGUUGUGUUUUAAUCGUUAGUAGCUAAGAUUUGAACUUUCAACCUCCUUGUCAAACUCGUUUAAUUGUUAUUAACUCAAACCACUUGAGCCAUACCAUUUCAGUAUUUUUUUUUUUUUAGUUCAGGUAUUAAUUUUAAUUUAACUGUCUUAUAGUUUUGAAUUAUUAAUUUGAAGGAGAAGUUGGGGAUAGGUGUUGGUUGCUGUGUUUAUGAGGUGUUCAACUGAUCGUAACUAGUUUUGUCGGGCUUCUAUUAUGUA